AUGUUGGACCCAGUGAUGCUCACUGUCGUCGGCGUCGCCGUUGUCAGUCUUGUCGUCAUUCUCGGCUUCUUCUUCAUGGCGAAAGAGGAAGGAGACUUUGAUAAGGUGGGAAUUGUGGAAUAGUGGUUCUGGACUUUUGACCCACUUUCAAUAAUCUGAUCGAACCCAAACUUCGAAGACUUUUUGGACUUUGACUGAAGUGUUUUCGGUCCAAAUUUCAGCCCGAUCGGAUUAUCUAUUCCGAGAUAUUUGAUUUCGCAAAAAAUCAGCCUCUUCGCUUUCAAACCACUGUAUCUCGAAACCAGAUAAUCCGAUCGGUCUGAAACUUGUACCCAAAUUACUUCAAUCCAAAUCCAAGAAGCCUGCAAAGUUUUGGUCUCAUCGGAUUAUCGCAAGUGUGUCAGAAUUCCAAGCCUCGGCAGGCCUUUGGUCCAGCCAUAGUUCAUUUGAACGCAUUGUCUUGUUGCAGGCCUACAACGAGUGCGCUCUGGCAAUUUUGACCGAGAGAGACAAAAAGGAGAAAAAGGGAAAGAGCAAGAAAGAUAAGAAGAAGCAGUCGAACAACACAAACAACAGCCAGAACCAUCAGCAGCAGCAGAAGGACGAGUCGGAAGAGGAGCCGGAGCAGAAGGAACCAGAAGAGCCAGCCGUCGUCCAGAAGACUGUCUCCACCCCACUCCAGGCCGCCAUUCCGGAAAAGAAGCAGCCAGAGACCGCCUCGCCGCCAAAAUCGUCGCCGAAACAGCAGGAAUCGCCAAAGGAGCAGAAGAAGAAGGCGGCGAAAACGGUUAGCGUGAAGGAGUUGGACCAGAAGAAGGUGCUCGCCCGUCUGGCCGGAAUCGUCGAUCUCGAAGAGGGAUACGUUCAGUUCCUGACCACCCAAUUCCGCGACAACGAGCAGCAAAAGAACAAUCUGAGCCAGGAGGUGAAGUCGUUGCACAAGAAGUUGGCCGAGUCGGCACAGAAGCAGGAGAAGCUGCAAAAGGAGAAGAACGUUGUCGAACAGCGCGAAAAGCAGGAGCAGUGAGUUUGGAGAACGGUCCCCAUCGAAUAUUUAGUCUCUCUUUUCAGAAACAAGCAAACCGUUCUGGCCACGAAGUUUCAGGCGGCGACUCAGCGUGAAACGGAGCUCGCGAGAACUGUGCAGACUGUGCAGGCGGACCUUCAAUCCCGCGAGGAGGCCCACCAGAAGGACACGCAGCAACUGCGCGCCCGUAACCAACAACUCGACUCGGAGAUUGCCAAUCUGCGAACGAACAACUCGAAACUGCACGCUCAGGUGAAGAGUGCUCAGGCCGAUCUGGCUCAGGCUCAGAUGGUUAGAGCGGCGCCGAACGACGAGGGCGCCGACAACAAGGUGAUCCAGCAGCUGGCGGCGCAGGUGGAGACCUUUGAGAAGGUCGUCAGAGAGAUGGAGGCGAACUACGAACAGAAGGUCGACGACUACGUGAACCUGUCGCAGGAAGCGGCGAACAUGGAGAAAGCGAUUAAGGAACUCGAGGAGAACCUGGCACAGAGUCGCCGCGAACUGGUCGCCCAGCAGGAACGGGAGGAGAAGAAAGACGCGGCGACGAAGCUAUUGGAGGAAGAGAAGGCCGCGUUCACGGAGGACAAGGUCAAGAUGACGGAAGAGUUCCACCGGCUGAAGGCCCUCGUCGACGGACUUAACAAGGAUAUUGGAGAGUUCCACGAGUAGUCCGUCUCAUUUGUGUAGCUCAUUUCAAAAUUUCUUUUUCAGCAAGAACGAGCAGGAGAAGGUGGUGUCGGAUCUAAAGAGCCGCGCCGAGACGGGAGCCAAGGAGCUCGCUGACGAGAAGGCACAGUUCGAGCAACGGGAGGCUGCGCUCCAGAAGGAGUUGACGGCCGAACGGAAGAAGGUAGCCGCUGUCGAGCAGGCUCUCGACGAGGAGAAGGCUCGCACCGUCGAGAUUCCGAAGAACUCGGCUCCGGAAGUUGUCGAGGAAGUGUUUGAGCUGAAAAAGACGAACACGGACUUGGCGGCCGCUCCGAGCACAUCCGGACCGUCGCCUUUGGAGGCCAAGUUGCAAGAAAAAAACGACGUGAGUUAGAUUGUGUGAUUCGUGGCUGUUUGAGCGUGUGGAGCAUGGCGUUUACUCAAUUUAGAUCGUUCAGGAGCUCCGUCAACGCAACUACACGCUUCUGGAGAAGACAGAAGAGGCGACGAAGACGGUGAUUGCGGAUCGGAAGCGAGUCGUCGCGGAGGUCGGAAGACUUGCCAAGAAGUCGUUCAAGGCGUUCGAGGACGAGACGGUAGCGAGUAUUUUGAAAUUGCUUUUAUAUUUUUUAUUUCAGGCCUUCUUCGAGUGGCUCAAAGAGUCCGCCAGCCAAGUCGAGAAGGAUCUGAAGGCGGCCCCACCGGCUCCUGCUCCAUCUCCUGCUCCAUCUCCAGCCAAGGAGUCCACAGCACAGCCGGAAGGAGUUUACAGCAGCGAGCAGCAAAAGGCUCUCGAGAUUCUGGUACGGGAAACUACUUGAAUCUCUUUAUGAUGGGUUCUUUUCCAGGUGGCCAAGCUCGAGGAGAUCGAAGGACUCGCUGACGCUCGGGAGCGACAACACGAGGCAGAACUGGCGCAGCUGAGAGCUCAAAAGGCGUGA